CCCUGUAAGCCUCACCGCCAUUCUGCUUCUCAUGUUGAGUAAAGAUCAGCUGUCUAGAGAAAUGGGUAACGGCAAUACUUAGAGGGGCUCACCCUACAAGUCUUACACUGAUCUUAAUGAGUCUGUGAUUGUCAAGGUCAGAUUAACUAACUCUUAAUGCUAAAUAAACUCAUAGUCAACACCUGCACCGAACCUGAAAGAAUAGGGGAAGGUGGAAAACAACAAGACAGGAAAAGAAUCUGUAUAAGCUGAGCUGGUGUGAAGAUGUCAUUAUCUAUCUUGAGAGAUGAAUUACAAUGCUCCAUCUGUCUUGAGGUCUACACAGAACCUGUCUUUCUGACUUGUGGACACAACUUCUGCAAGGACUGCAUUGUGGGAGUGUUUGACAACCGGGUUACGUCAUUAAUUUUUAAUUGUCCAGAAUGUAGAAUGACAUUUGAGAGCCGUCCAAAACUCCAGAAAAACCUAAAGCUAUCCAACAUUGUGGAACAUUACUUUUCUACUGCUAAGGAAUAUGCCCUAAUGGAGAACACCCCUUGUCCGGUGAGCAGGACAUGUGCCAUUCACAAUAAGCUCCUGGAAUAUCAUUGUACUGAAGAUGAGGCAUUUGCAUGUGCAUCUUGUUGUAUAAUUGGAAAACACAAGGGACAUGAAGUGGAGCUGUUGGCUAACUCUUCAAGAAAUAAAAAGGAAGAGUUGAAGACCAUUGUCCAGAAACUCCUAUCAGGUUGUAAAAACAUUGAUAAAACAGUUCAUGACUUGAAAACUAAGAUAAAAGUACAGCAAGAAAAAGCAACAGAAAUAGAAAGCAGAGCUUUAAAUCUGUUUGACGACAUCAGAAAACUACUAGACAAGCUUCAGAGUCAAGUUCUUUAUGAGAUCCAAAAGCAACAAGAUGACAUUUUACUGAAAGUGGCAAAGAGAAUUCAGCAAAUGGAGAAAGAUAAGGGUGAGCUACAGCAGAAAAUCCAUCUUAUUACAAAUGUGCUAAAGGAGGAAGAUCCAAUAAGUCUUAUAACCGACCAUAAAAAAAUAAUUCCUAUUGUUCCUCACUCUGCUCCAAGGAAACAGGAUGUUGUAGACAAAUUGGAUUAUGAGCUGAUAUCAGUUACUCUGCAGAACAACCUUCAGCAUCUGGUUGGUGCACUACCCAAACUACAGCAAAAGAAUGGUUUUUAUGUGGAAUGUGCAUCAGACACGCUGCUAGAUGUCACCACUGCAAGUCAUAGAAUUGGUCUUUCAAAAGAUCUCAAGACUGCUUUUCACAUUAACGCUAACAAUUUACAGCCCAUCAGCCAAAACAAAUUCACAUUCUGCCAGGUUUUAAGCACCAACUCUUUUAAAUCAGGACAACACUAUCUGGAGGUCCUGGUCAGUAAUGAGGGAGUCUGGACAAUAGGACUGGCAUACGCCAGUAUCAAGAGGAGAGGAACAGAUUCACUUGUGGGAUGUAAUGAUCGCUCAUGGGGGCUAUGUUGGAUGGAUGGAAAUCUCUCUGCUCUUCACAACUCAGAGAGCAGAGCAAUACCUAUAGACACACCUAUAGAAGCUAUAGGGCUGUACUUGGAUUAUGAGGCAGGCCGGCUGUCAUUUUACCAAGUGUCCAAUCAAAUAAAACUCUUGCACACUUUUUCCACCAAAUUCACAGAGGCUCUGUACCUGGUGAUUUACAUUUGUGGUAACACCUGCGCCAGAAUAAAGAUUUAGGGACAGAUUAUAAGUAAAGUGGUAUUUAACGAUUGUGCGCUAACUCCGCUAGAAGUAAGAAGUAAGCUUUUUGCAAGCGUUUGGUAGCACUUGUAUUACAAGUUGAAAGUAAACUGUUUUCACACAAAAAAGCCAAACUUAGACUAUCGCGAACGUUAAUGUAUUCCCCUAUAGAAGUUAAUAGAGCAAAAAAAGUGGGGGGGAAAACACUCUACUCACGAGCAAACCCGAUUGCAUAUUUUCAAGUAUGCUAACCUGACAUGAAAAUAGGAAUAUUUUGCAUUCUAAUGUUCUUUACAUAGCAAAAUGUGUUCUAUUGAUUCAUUAAUACACACACCGCCACACACACACAUACAUAUAUAGAGAGAGAGUAUAUAGAUAGAUAUAUUAGAGAGAAUGAAUAUUAUAUAUAGGUAUAGAUGUAUGUACGUGUGUAUAUAUAUAUAUAUAUAUAUAUAUAUAUCUAUAUCUGUAUCUGGAACAGAAGAGGGAAGGGCACACAGCAAAAGGAACCUCCUGGUGUAGUAUGUCAAAACACUUGCUAUUUUUUCUGUAAUUCAGUGCCAAAUGAAAACUCACCUGCUUUCACCUCAACUAUAUGAGGUAUAGAUCAGACUCUGGGUGGGGAAUAUCCACUAUAGAAGGCAAUUCAAUCCCCUUGUAGUUGUUACGUGGUCACGCCCCCUCACUAGCCGAGAUUUUUUACGGAGAGCUACGGCACAGUUUGUAAGCUUUUCAACGUUGCUGGGGAUAUAUAUUUUAAAAUACAUACAAGUCUUUUCAAGCUAUGAGCUACCGGUCUGUAUAGCAAGGAUUGCAUAAGAGACUUGAUUGAUCUGGUGAUAUAUCGUUUUUAUGUGGAUUUUAAAAUAAUUUUAUAACAAGAACGUGUAUGAACUUUUAAUUGUGUGCAAAUUCGAUUCCUUCUUUCCCCCACAAGAGUCUGUUAGAACACUCCCUAUAAUAGAGACUUUGCUUUCACCUUUUGAAGUGGUUUAUCUUCUGCUGAAGAGGUGAGGACUGUGUCUAAGGAGAGGAACGGAAGUUACAACUACAAGGGGAUUGAAUUGCCUUCUAUAGUGGAUAUUCACCACCCAGAGUCUUAUCUAUACCUCAUAUAGUUGAGGUGAAAGCACGCGAGUUUUCAUUUGGCACUUUAUUACAGAAAAAUUAGCAAGUGUUUUGACAUACUACACCAGGAGGUUCCUUUUGCUGUGCGCCCUUCCCUCUUCUGUUCCAGAUUUCUUCUUAGAAGCUUUCCUGCUCACAGGGGGUCUUCAUUCCUUUUUUGGAUUAGGCUGCAGGUGGAAGACAAAACCUUUUUCUCCCUCCAAGUAUCAAUGACUGGUACGAUUGGAAAAUAUUUGGGAGACCUACACACAUAGGACAGUACUGGUACUCUUUUUAUUGGGACUUUUUAUGUUUGUAGCGCUGUAUUACUCUGUGUAUUUUUUGUUUUACAAAUAUAGUAUUUCUUAGUAUGAUACAGCACUCCUAUUUCUGUUAUUGCUUUAAGCAAUGCAUUCUCUGCCUGGGGUGCAUACUGGAUAGCAAGCAUACAUUUCCAAAGUAGAGAGGAGCACUCACUGGGUCUUAAGUAAUAUUGUCUGAGGACGGGGGUAACCCUGAAACAUUACGUGUUGUAAUAAACUAAUAUAUUUGCUUAAGACCCUGUGAAUGCUCCUCUCUACUUUGGACAUAUAUAUAUAUAUACACUUACAACAGUAAAUACACAGUAUAACACUUUUUGCAGUACUUUUAAAUGUAUUUUUGAUGUAUUUUGUGACAGUUUUUUGUUUGUUUAACAAAACAGUCAAUAACAGCUCAGAGGACGCACUACCCCAAAUGAUAAAUGAGGACAGUGUAUGCUACAGUGAAUCCUGUCCGCUCGGCAUCUUAAAGUUUUUCAACUAUUGUACCUACAUUCUUGUUAGCUCCUGAUUUUAACAAUGAAUUUCUCAACCCUAGCUUAAGCAUGAGUGAAACUCCAGGGAAGAUCAGUUGGAGACCAUUGUUAACACAUUUCAUUUGCUAAUGAAAGGGCCAUAAAAGAAAAGUGACUUCCCUAAACUUUUGCCACUUAGUUUGAAGCACCCAAUUGUCUAAAUUGUCUUUGAAUCCCGUAGCAUUAAGAUGACUGUUCACUGGAACUAAGAGCUGUAGCCCAAAAAUGAGAAUAAAACCCUGAAAACAGCCCUAGACCAUUAUCCUUCCUCCACCAAACUUUACAAUAGGCACUAUGCAUUUCAGUAGGCAGCAUUCUCCUGGCAUCCGCCCCACCCAUAAUUCUCCAUCUAGACUUCCAGAUAGUGAAGCGCGAUUCAUCACUUCAGAGAACAUAUUUUUGCUGCGCUAGAGUCCAGUGGUGACCACGUGCUUUUAGCCAACCCAGUAGACGCCAGGCAUUGCGCAUGUUAAUGUGAGUCUUGUGUACAGCUCCUGACUGCUUGCUGAUCACUAUCCCCUGAAGUGCUGGAUUGCCAGACUGUUGCUGAACUCUGCUUGUCUGACCACUCUGCUUGCUUAACCCCUAAAGUGCUGGAUUGCUAUACUGUUACUGAACUCUGCUUGUCUGACCAUUCUGCUUGCUUAACCUCUAAAGUGCUGGAUUGCUAUACUGUUACUGAACUCUGCUUGUCUGACCAUUCUGCUUGCUUAACCCUAAAGUGCUGGAUUACUAUAUUGUUACUGAACUCUGCUUGUCUGACCACUCUGCUUGCUUAACCUCUAAAGUGCUGGAUUGCUAUACUGUUGCUGAACUUUGCUUGUCUGACCACUCUGCAUGCUUAACCCUAAAAUGCUGGAUUGCUAUAUUGUUACUGAAUUCUGCUUCUCUGACCACUCUGCUUGCUUAACCCCUAAAGCGCUGGAUUGUUAUACUAUUGCUGAACUCUGCUUGUCUGACCACUCUGCGUCCUUAACCCCUGAACUGCUGGAUUGCUAUACUGUUGCUGAACUCUGCCUGUCUGACCACUUUGUCUGCCUAACCCCUGAAUUGUUGGAUUGCUAUACAGUUACUGAACUCUGCCUGUCUGGUGCUUCUAUUGGUUUACCCCUGAACUGUUAUACUGCUGGAUUUCCUUUUGUUGCUGACUCCUGCCUGGUCCUUCUAUUGGUUUAUCCCUGAACUGCUAUACUGCUGGGUUGUCUUCCUGUUACCACUAAGUACUACCCUGCCUACUGUGAGUACUACUUACCUCAUUUUACAAACUCUCUCUGCUCUGGGAUAUUUCCUAUCAUUCCACCGGGAUAAGAAGACUGCUGGCCAAGCUUGGUCUGAUAGAGGAAUAUCCCACGAGCAUUACAGUAUGUGCUUCAGCUGAAAAUACAAAUAAGUUUCCCUGAAAUAACAAAGAGUAAAAUGAACAUUUAAAGUAUAAAAUGUGUCACAUAUCACAGCACAAAUAAUAUUAAACAAAGUCUAGAGUUCCUAAAAUACAGGGACGGAUCUCUUUAAAACUUAAACUUGUUUCAACAUCGAAAAUGCUUCCGACAACCUAAAGCUGAAUAUCAUUGAUAAUAACAAAAUCUGCCUUAACAGUAAAGCGCCCUCCCACCACAUAACAUUUGCGGUCAUAUUAAACUAGUAAACUGUUUUCGCUCACACGCUAAUCUGACGAGCGCAAAAAGCCGAAGUUAGAAUAUCACGUGCAAUGACUUUAGAUAUUCAUCCUCUAUAGAAGUCAAUGGAGAAAAAAAAGUUGAAAAAGAACCCCCCACUCUCGCGCAAACCUGAUGGCAUAUUCUGACGUGCGCUAACCUGACUUUUGUGUGCAAUAUUCUUUAAUCAUUAUUAGUGUUGUUAUGAGUGUAACUUUACUUUGUAUUUGUGAUGAGUUUUGUGAACCAGUUAACCGGAACUCUGAAGUCGUGCUAAUCAUUCUAGCGUAAAUUGUGAUUGUGUUAAAGCGAUGACGUUUACUUUUAACCAGAUGUAAAUCCGACGAGCGCAAACACUGCUGAUAAACUCCUUAUCACUCAUUCGCAAACGUUUGCGCUCCACUUGUAAUCUGGCCCAUAAUAUCUUUUUAGUUUUGCUGAUAUAAUAUCUUUGUUGUCAACAUUUUUUAGUUCAGCUUCCUAAUGUCUUUUUCUCAGUUCUAUUUAUUAUAAGACUGUAAACAGAUACGCAAGUAAACAAAUUAUUUUGCUAAUGACAUAUAAUAUAUUUUAUUGCACCUGCAUUGCAAAGCUUGUAAAAAGUAAUCAAAUUCUUUAAUUUCAUCAUAUUUAAUUCUUCUGAUUUUAGAACAAAGAUACAUUUAAUGUCCCAUAAAUAUUGAUGCUAAUUAACUACAAACUUAUCACCAAUGUAAUUACUUUUGAUUUCUGUAUGUUACUUUAAAAAUACAUAACUAAUCAGUUGAGUUUGGGCAUUGUACAGCAGAUUUUUCUUUGCAUAAAUGUUUUGUAGAUAUAUAGCCCAUUUGGGAGUGGUUUUGUAACAAUGUAUACCAUGUUUUGCUUCUUUUUUAAUAACAUUUGUGCUGAUUUUCAGGCUCCUAACCAAGCCCCAAAGUGCCAGAUGUAUACUGACGUAUACAGACUCCUGUUUAUGUUAUCUGUCUUUUUAUAUGCAGGGAAGGGGGGGAAUUGUCUGCUCCCAGAGCCUUUCACUUGUUGUCCCAGCCUUACCUCAUCAACAGUACUAAACUGGGAGCUUCUAAAUAAGUUUGUAAAAUGUUUUAUACUGGAUUUGAGUUCAGUACCUGAGCAUAUUCUUCUUUAUAGUAGUGUCUAUUACAUGCAGUUAUAUGAACAUUUGUGUAUACUGCCCCGUUAAGCAAGAGAUAUAAUUCUGUAACAAUUUUGUGGUGUUACAAAUUAGUGAUUUUUUUUAAAACCAAAUAUUUGAAUGAAUCCUAUUAAAGAUAAUAAAUAAUUUGUAUUACCCUGUGAGAA